AUGACUCCGACAGGUACUAGGCGAUCGAAAAUUAGACCGCCAAGGAAAUCAUUGGCUAGUUCAUCUACAGUUUCAAGCUCUACAGAAGCUGUAGUGGACUUUGAUAAAAAUUGGGAAAUAUUGCAAAACGCAAUAUCACAAAUCCAGAAUAAAAAUGUAUCCAACCUAUCUUAUGAACAACUUUACCGAAAAGCGUACCUCUUGGUGAUACGGAAGCAUGGAGAGCAGUUGUAUGAAAAAGUUGCCGAGACCGUAAAAGAGCAUCUUUUGCAACAGAGAGCCAAUUUGCUUCAAACAUCGGUAAAUGCAGAGGUGUUUAUGCAAGCACUUUUACAGGAAUGGGACGAGCAUUUGCAAAGCAUGAAGUUUGUGGGAGAUGUGCUAAUGUACUUGAAUCGAGUUUAUGUUAAGGAACAAAAAAGACUACUAAUAUAUGAUCUCGGUAUUCAACUAUUCAAAGACAACGUCAUAAUGUACAACAACAACGAAGUCGGCUCUAAAAUGACUGAGAUCAUUUUAGAUGAAAUCAGAAAGAGCAGAAACGGCGAAGUUAUUACAUCAAAUAUGUACAUCACCAAGUUGAUCAGUAUGAUGGAGCUGUUGAUUGAAAACAAUUACGCGUCUGAAAUUCCAUUUGGAGAUAACUACUACCAAACAAUUUUUGAACCUGUGUUUUUAUCCAGCUCUGAAUCGUAUUUCACCGAUCUUGUGAGAGAAUUUGUUUCGCUUAACCUGGGCUCUAAGUAUUUACACUCAGUAACACAAUUUAUCAGAAGCGAGGAGAAUAGAAUCAAGAUGUACCUACCGCUGUCGUCACAUUCUAAAUUGACAAACCUUAUGAACAAUAUUUUGAUCAAGGAUAAAAUUGAUGGAAUAAUGCUAGCAUCCAAUGAGGGCCUAGAUUAUUGGUUGAAACCUAUUUUGCACAAUGCUUUACAGAAUAGAGGAAAUCCAGAACUGUAUCAUUUCACCGAUUUGAAGAUGUUGUAUCAUUUGGUUGGCAGAAUUGAUGACGAGUAUCAAAUACUCCGACUUCGACUAAAAGACGCCAUAACUGCACAGGGAGGAACAUUACCAGAAUGGGUGAGAAACUCACUUGAUUCAUCAUCAUCAUCCUCCGUAUCAUCAUCAUCAUCAUCAUCAUCAUCAUCAUCAUCAUCGGAAAGAAAGACGAGCUCGGCUAGUCAAACGCAAUUUGCAAUCAAAUGGAUAGAACUGGUUUUGAAAUAUCGCGCUCAAAUUAUGGAAAUGUGGAAUCGUUCUUUUGAAGUGAAUUUCAUGAUUGAACAGACAUUGGCGUUUGCUAUAAGAGAUUUUAUCAAUGGAACUAAUAAAAGAGGCAAAAACGAGAUAAAUGCUCCAGAGUUGCUUUCGGUAUAUAUAGAUUAUAACAUCAAACAGCUUGGAAAAGGAUCAAAUGCAAAUACCAAAUCCAACACCAACACCAACAUCAACACCAACACAACCACCACUAUUAGGACCACAACCAACUCCGGUAUCAACAAUAUCGGAACAGGUAUUUCAUCGCACUCGGGUGACGAAAUUGAGAAUUUGAUAAACAAUUCUAUCCAAAUCCUCCGUUUUGUAAAAGAUAAAGAUGCUUUUGAAGCAUAUUAUGCCAAUCAUUUUGCAAAGAGAUUUUUGAACUCAAAGAGCACUCUGGGCUCGGCUUUCAGCAAGGGCAAUGACGUUGAAGAGAUGAUAUUGUCGAAAUUGUGUGAGGAAAUGGGUACGACAUCGCUCGAUAAAGUGAUUAAAAUGAGUAAGGAUAUCAAGAUCUCAAAUGAUACUACAAAUGGCUGGAAACGCUAUUUGGCAAAAGCUAAUAUUCCAGUUUCUAACUUGAUUGAUUUGGACUUGAAGAUUUGUAACGUUGCAGUAUGGCCAAAAUCCUUAACAAAGGACUAUAAAAGUUUUGAGAAAACAGAGCGAGCAAUUGAAGAUGGAACAGUAGCAGGAUCAGGAAAUAGGAAUGGAAAUGGAACCGAAAAUGGAGGCGAUACGGGAACAAAGUUUGUGUGGCCAAGACAGCUUCGAAAUACUAUACAAGAAUUUGAAGAGUACUGGUCUUCUGGAAAAAAGAAUGAUAACAGAAGCUUACAUUGGUCUCCAAAGUUUGGGUCAAUCGAUAUGAGGAUAACCUAUCCUUCACGAACUUAUGACAUUAAUUUACCAGUAUUUGCCGCAAUAAUUAUGCUCUUGUUUGCACCACAAUCACUGUUGACGGAUAAAAAUGGACCUUGCAAACUGGCCUUUGAAGAGCGCAAAGUAUUGUCUUAUACUGAAAUCGUAGAAUUAACAGGUAUUCCACUGCAAGAACUCAAGAGACACUUGCAAUCAAUUGCAGUUGCACCUCGACUGCGUUUAUUGGUGAAGAGUCCAAUGUCGAAAGAGGUUAAUGAUUCUGAUACCUUCCGACUCAAUGAAAAAUUCAAAUCACCAACACCUAAAGUGAAAGUGCUCACAGUGUCUUUGGCCUCUUCUUCUUCUUCGUCGUCGACAUCAUCAUCAUCAAAGAUGUCUUCAUCUUUGGCGACUGUCACAGCUGGCAAGAGUAACAAAAAGACCGAACAGGAGGAAGAAACAGCCGAAGUAAACGCGCAAAUCAUUGAAGGAAGGAAAAUCGAAUUGAACGCCGCAAUUGUUAGAAUCCUUAAAUCUAGACGCACAGUGUCACACAAUGAGUUGAUUGAAGGAUUGAUCAGACAGUUGAGCAAUCGUUUUCAGCCUACAGUGGUAAUGAUGAAACAAAGAAUAGAGGAUUUGAUUGAAAAGGAAUACUUGAAGCGAGACGAUAAUGAUAGAAAUUUAUAUCACUACAUAGCUUAA